AUGGACUCCAAAAGACAACGCAGAUACACCAUUGCCAGACCUGAAUCAGCCCUGAAAAUGCUUACAGAAAACAACGAUGCCUUGCAAGAAGAGGAUCAGCAAUUUGAUAGAAUAUCAGACAUUCUAUCCAACUUGAUUCAAGAGGCAAAUCAAGCUGUCUCUAUUCCCUUGACACCACCAAGACUAGCCAACACACUAUUUAUCUCCAGCAAGAAGAAAUCAUCCAAAAGACCCAUUUCAUAUCCAUCAAAAAGGUCACUGACUCCUGUGCCUUCCUUACCAUCCACCGUCAUGACCACAAAAAGGCACCAUGUCACACAGAGAAACAACACAACACCUGUACUAUUGGAAUCAUUCAAGCGGCUGGACUCUUCCAUGGCUAUCCUUGAUUCUCUAUCCAAAGACUUGAUCGUGCCUGCUGCCAACAGCGUCAAAAAGCAAAGAAAGAAGCACCAUCAUUUGACAUUUGAUACUCGACUGUCCACUCUCAUUUUGCUGCCACUAUUUCACGUACCACAUGUGCUUAUUUCCAUGGUAUUUGAUACCAUCUCUAGCUACGACACCCUGAUGCCUGCAGCCUCCUCUGCUACCAGUAGUCAGAGUAAUAGCUUCAGUGGUAUGCUUAUCUGGGCGUUCAUCUUUGCUGUCACCAAUGUCAUUAUGGCGGAAAACGCACUUCCAUCAGCACCGAUGCCGACUUCAGCACACCAAGUUAUACCCGGUGCUUACAAUGUCAAAAGACGCCGACGAAGCAGUAGUAAACGAAGCGACAGCCCUAGCACACAGUUUUAUUUACAACGACAUGAUCGUUCCAUGUGCACAUUGCAUGGCUCCUCUCCUACAAAUAGUGCCAUACUGACAGGCAACAAAUUCCGUCUAUCCAGCACUGUUCAUGCUAGACGAAACUCUUUUUGA